UUACUUAUGAAUACAGAAAAGAGGCUUUAAAAGUUCACCCAGAUUCUGUACCAAUGCUAACCAAUCCUAAAUUUAACCACAGAAAAUACAAAUUAUUAACAAAGGUGUAGGAGACUGCUUAGAUCCCUACAGCUUAUUAGAGAAAUAAAUAGUUUUUUCUUAAUGUUGCUGAGGAAUCACCCGUGUUUAAUCACUUCAGUUCAAUGAUUGAGGUUCUGUCACGUUUCCAAAGAAGAAACCCACAAACUGAGGCUUAAAGGCUACUCAGUCCCCUUGAACUCAUAAGUGCUCACUGCAUGGAUGUGCUCGUAUGGAUGCGAGACCUUGAUGUGAGAUACUUUGUUACUAAGGAACAAACUGAUAAGUCAUUAAAGUAGAACCUUUUAUUGGUUGAAACUCUAACACCGUCUCUGUGAAAAGAUUUAAAGAAAGUCAUUUUUACGUUUCUCUCAGAAUCUUCUUGUGUCAAAACAUGAGAAAUGAAGCUGUCUGUGUAUCAGUUCUUGUGUUUGUAACUGUGCACUUAUUGACAGGAGACCUCUGGCUGCCCAAGGUGCUGUCACGUGAAUGCAGGGCACUGCUCAGUCUGAUGAGCACUUGUAAGCGGGUAUUUAUUUGUAAGCGGCACGUAUUCCAUAUGUCUGUACGAAAACAGUCGCAGUUUUCGCAGGAAUAGUUCUGGCUCUGCUUUGCGGUGAAGCAGAGUUAGCAAUAGGCACGGAGGAAGCAGGCGUUACGCAGGAUGAGAGGUUCUGCGCAGAACCCCCGGGAGGGCGGGCUGCGGCGCAGGCCCGGGGCGCUCCGCGUCGCCAUAGCGACGGUCCGCCCGAGCGGAAGCGGUGGCGGCCACUUCCGGGUCAGCAUGGCGGCACCGGGACGCUGAGCGCGCGAUGCCGCUGGUGGUGCUGUGCGGGCCGCCGGGCAGCGGCAAGAGCCGGCGUGCGGCCGAGCUGCGGGACGCGCUGGGCGGAGCUGAGCGGCGGGCGCACGUCGUGGCCGAGGGGGAGGGCGGCCGGGCGGCUCUGCGGGCCGAGGUGGAGCGGCUGCUGAGCCGACGCGACGUGGUGAUCGUGGACGCGAGCAACGAGCUGCGGAGCAUCCGCUACGAGCUGUACUGCGCGGCGCGGCAGGCGGGCACGGCGCGCUGCCUGCUGCACUGCGUCGGCGGCGGCCCCGCCGAGCCGCCCUUCGAGGCCCCGGACCCGCGCAACCGCUGGGACCGGCCGCUGUUCGCCGUGCACGGCGAGGAGCCGCUGCCGCUGGCCGACAUCCGCGCGGCUCUAUUCGAGAGCGCCCCUCCGCCGCCGCACCGCGCCACGCGCAGCCAGCCCCUGCAGUCCGGAGACUUCCUGCACCUCCUCGACCGCGCCACGCAGGACGUGGUGGCCGCUCUCGUGGCCGCCCAGAGGAGCGGGGCGCAGCCUGGAGAGCUGGUGCGCGUCCCCGGCGUGGAGGAGGGGCUGGUGCUGCCGCGGCCCGUCAGCCUGGCCGAGCUGAGCCGGCUCCGCAGGCAGUUCAUCAGCUACACUAAGAUGCAGCCCAGCGAUGAGAACUUGGCACAGCUGGCCAGCAUGUUCCUGCAGUACCUGAGCCGCAGCAUCCAGUGAGGCGCGGCUCCUUCCGUCCCGAAGUGCUUGCAGCUGUAGGAACGUGCCCUCCUGCCGUGCACCUCAACACUGUGUGACGUGUGUGUCACAUAGCACAGCCCGUGACUGUGCUGAGAAAGUCAGUACCAUGGUGCUGGAGCAGCUGUACUCCUAAGAGGAUCUGUAGGAUCUUCCUGUCCUCUCUACUGCACUCUCCCCGUGUCUUGUUUGCUUGUUGCAUCCCCACACAGCUGAAGUCUCCUGUGGAGACCUGCACCUCAAUACUAAUGUAGCAACUGAGCAUAAAUGCUUCAAAGCGGUGAACAUAAGGAGAACUCCUGCCCUCCUCAUUGCCAUGUCUGUCUCUUGAAUAAGAAGCCUGCUGUUCCAAGGCUGCCUCCAUAUGUAUCAAACUGCAGAGGGGGACUUCAGUUCCUGGACUGGAAGAGGCCGUAUUUUUGGGACAUAACUGUUUUUCAAAAUCCUAUUGAACCCAACAGAUAGAUCGGCAAACUCUGCACAAAAGCAGGGUGCUGGCUUAGGAAACUUAAAUCUCUCAUUUCAAGUUUAACAAUAAAACAUGUGCCUUAGAUGGAACAGUCUUAAUCUUAAACUGUUUUAUUGAAACAACUUGCUGUGGCUUUUUUUUGCAAGGUCAUCAUUAAAAGCUUUUAAAAACACUAAUUGUUUAUGAGUGCUCUUGAGCUUGUUUCGAGAGGAUGCGGUGUGAUGGCAGUGUGCUCUGCCCAGUCCUCAAAGUCUGCACUGGUUGUGACUGGGUAAUUAUUUUUGUCUUUAGCUUCAGCUGAUUUCAGUCUUUACUGUGCCACAUGUCUGACCUGUCCAUAUGUUUCACAUUCUGGUGGAUGCUUCAUCCCUCAUGCAAAUAAGUGUCAGAGUCUGCUUUCAUUUUUUUGUGUGGUGCUAUCUGGGAGGAGAUGGCAAGUGGGGCAAGAAGAGUUGCUUCAGUGAUUUGUCCAUGUAUCUGAGGUACUGGUUGCUAAGUGGACGUUGCCAUUUCAGAAUGUGAAAAUGACUACAGAAAUGUUUUUAUGUAAAUAGCAUUACUUUUCCAGUUAAAAAGAAUAAAACUGAGGAAGCACA